AUGCGAGAACGUGAAGCUGAAGAACGAAGCUACGCGCGAGCAAUGGAUAAAUCUUCGUCACGGAGGAGCGAAUGUAAACACGUCAUCGCAACCGCAGCUGCUAUAAGCGGGCUCCGCGGUCGUGCAGGUCGGCGGUGCGACGAGCCCGCCAAGGACUCGAAGUCGAAAAUUUAUGUGUCAGUGAAAAUGAUCUGCACAAAGGACUUGGUUUCGGCUUUAGGCGGUGGCGCCGUGCGUUCGCAAAGAGCAGGAAUGGCUCAAGAGUCGUGCGGUCGCCUCUAG